AUGACAUCAAGAUCGCUCGAGGCGAAGCUAAAUAUUCUGCAGGGGUAUUCUGUUUGCGAUGUCUCAGAUGCUCUUCUGAAAAUCCAAAAAGUUCCAGGAAGCGAAACUGCCCGCGCUGGUUUUCUUGCUGAUAUUGUCCCAUUCUCCCCAUCCCAAAUCAACCUAGAAAACGAACCAAAAGCAAUCGGCCCCGCGUCAACGUUCAAAUUCAUACCGAAAAAUGAUCCUCUCCCGGAAGAUACGUCGCCAUCAAAGGAUCAUACCAUCCCGCCCGGCCACCAUUGGGUGGACUGCGCACAGCCGGGGACUGUCGUCUUCAUCGAGCAGCCAGCCGGCCAGUUUUGUGCCAGCGUUGGUGGCAUAAUGGCUGCGCGAAUGAAGGUCCUAGGAGUGAAAGGGGUAGUUGUGGAUGGCCGAGUGCGGGAUUUGGCUGAGUUGCGGAGUACACAGCUACAAAUCUGGGCUCGAGCUACAUCCACCGUUGGCACGAGUGCAGAAGCCAAACCAGGUGCUCGAAACGUGCCGGUGAAGAUAGGUGGAGUGACUGUUUCUCCGGGCGAUAUUGCGUUUUGUGACCCUCUUGAAGGGGCUGCGGUUAUUCCCGCUGAACUUCUCGACGAAGUCCUGGCUUUAGUGCCCAAACUUGCCGCCGCGGAUGAGAAGGUCAAGGAAGAUGUAUUGAGCGGGGCAAGCGUCUUCGAUUCCUUUAAUAAGCAUCGCAGCAUUUAA